AAGAGCAAACAUUUUCAAGUUUAACAUGUUUUCAGACCAUAGGACCAUAGAGACCUCCGAAUUCCGGUAUAUAUAUUUUCAAAUACAAACCCCGUUUCUAUAUGAGUUGGGAAAUUGUGUUAGAUGUAAAUAUAAACGGAAUACAAUUAUUUGCAAAUUAUUUUCAACCAAUUUUCAGUUGAAUAUGCUACAAAGACAACAUAUUUGAUGUUCAAACUGAUAAACGUAUUUUUUUUUUGUGUGCAAAUAAUCAUUAACUUUAGAAUUUGAUGCCAGCAACACGUGACAAAGAAGUUGGGAAAGGUGGCAAUAAAUACUGAUAAAGUUGAGGAAUGCUCAUCAAACACUUAUUUGGAACAACCCACAGGUGUGCACUCUAAUUGGGAGCAGGUGGGUGCCAUGAUUGGGUAUAAAAACAGCUUCCUAGUCUUUCACAAGAAAGGAUGGGGCGAGGUACACCCCUUUGUCCACAACUGCGUGAGCAAAUAGUCAAACAGUUUAAGAACAACGUUUCUCAAAGUGCAAUUGCAAGAAAUUUAGGGAUUUCAACAUCUACGGUCCAUAAUAUCAUCAAAAGGUUCAGAGAAUCUGGAGAAAUCACCCCACGUACCAACAUUAAAUGAGCGUGACAUUCGUUCCCUCAGACGGCACUGUAUCAAAAACCGACAUCAAUCUCUAAAGGAUAUCACCACAUGGGCUCAGGAACGCUUCAGAAAACCACUGUCACUAAAUACAGUUGGUCGCUACAUCUUUAAGUGCAAGUUAAAGCUGUACUAUGCAAAGCGAAAGCCAUUUAUCAACAACAUCCAGAAACGCCGCCGACUUUUCUGGGCCCACGAUGACCUAAGAUGGACUGAUGCAUAGUGGAAAAAUGUUCUGUGGUCUGACGAGUCCAGAUUUCAAAUUGUGUCCUCCUGAACAAAGAGGAAAAGAACCAUCCGGAUUGUUAUAGGUGCAAAGUUGAAAAGCCAGCAUCUGUGAUGGUAUGGGGGUGCAUUACUGCCCAAGGCAUGGGUAACUUACACAUCUGUGAAGGCACCAUUAACGCUGGAAGGUACACACAGGUUUUGGAGCGACAUAUGUUGCCAUCUAGGCAACGUUAUCAUGGACGCCCCUGCUUAUUUCAGCAAGACGAUGCCAAGCCACGUGUUACAUACAUAGUUUUGACUUUUCAGUGUGCAGAAGGGGCUCUUUGUGGAAAAGAUUUAGACACCUCUGAUCUAAAAUAUUAGAAGCUCUUCAAAUAAAAUUAAAACAAAUAUAUAAAACAAUGUUUAGCUAGGUAAUUUGAAAAUAAAACUAAUAGUAACCUACGAACUAAUUGAUCCUAAAAAAUAACAACAAUUAUAAACACUAUUAAAUGUGUAACUGUACAUUAAAAUGUUCAUAUAGGCAGACAUACUAGGUUAUGCAGUUACACAAUCGUAUUAUUAUCAUUAUUUUUUUAAUUAUUAUUAUAAGUAAAAUAAUUACUAUUACUCUAUUCUUACAGAGGGAAAACAGCAACAGUAAAAUUGUAACAAAAAUAGCAAAAUAAUCGGUAUGUAAUGAGAAAAAGCUGAGCUGUUCUAAAUAAUUAUUAAUAAUGUUAUACUUGGUCACCUAUAAAAAAAUAAGAAAAUAAAAAUUAAUAAAAAUAUCCCAGUAUUCGGGAUAUGGUGGAAAAAGUUUGGACACCCCUUUUUAUUUAUGCAAUACACAAACCUGACAGAAGAUGGAGACAGAUUUUAACGUUUAAUCUAAAAGACAACACGUCGUGUCUGUAUUUGUAUCCAAUUAUAUACAGUGUAACUCUCAUAAGUGGCAUAAUGUCGAGACGUAUCUCCCUCUCAGAGUCGCUUGGAAAUGUUAUAUUGUUGCAGUUUAUUGUAAAUGUACAUUUUAACAACAUAUUAGGCAGUAAAUAGUAACUUUCCCAGCCUUUUUUUUUUAAAAAAGAAACCCCUCCCACUUCGAAGGUAAAACCACGUGACUUCAUACAGCCUAUAAAAUCAGUCGGUCGCUUUUAUGCUCUGACCAAUCACAAGUGAGUUGAAGCAAACCCAACUUCCUGUUUAACGUGACACAAGGAAGUGAAAAAAGGCGGUAAUCUGCUUUAAAACUCCACCGGGGGAAAGACAAACAACUAGAGGGACGUUCCGUCUUUGCCGGACCUUUCGGUUUAACGGGAGUAAACUGGAUUUGACAUCGACAGCGACCUGAAGUGUCUGAUAACGUUGCAAUGGAAUCUUCGCUGAUUGGAUAUACAACUGCAGGGGCAUGCCGAUGGCAGCUGUUGACAGCUGAGGAGUGGUUUUGCUGUGGCUCAAGUGUGGAUCUAAUCAGUGCAGUGUGUGGGUUUGAUACGGGCGUGCUACUUGGGCGCUUGGACUAUGACCGUGAGCGACCAAAGGGCCUUCUUGGUGGACCUGGGUGGCGGCUUCAAUGAGGAUGCUCCCAGACCUCCGGUCCCUGGGGAAGAAGGCGAGCUGGUACUCACCGCCGGCCGCCAGUACCACCACCCUGCCUUUCCAUCCAAGAACCUUAAAUGUGAGGCGUCCGUUGCUACCCCCAGGCGACCUGACCUGGACUUGGGCUAUGAGCCGGAGGGCAGCGCCUCCCCGACUCCGCCUUACGUGAGAUGGGCGGAGUCCCUUCACUCCCUCCUGGAUGACCAGGAUGGCAUCCAUCUGUUUAGGACGUUUGUCAAACAGGAGGCAUGCGUCGACCUGUUGGACUUCUGGUUUGCUUGCAGCGGUUUCCGCAAGCUUGAAGCCAGCAAGGGCAUUGACGACAAGCGUUUAAAACUGGCCAAAGCCAUCUAUAAGAAAUACAUCCUGGACAACAACGGCAUCGUUUCCAGGCAGAUCAAACCAGCCACUAAGUCCUUCAUCAAAGACUGUGUGAUGAAGCAGCACAUCGAUUCCGCCAUGUUUGACCAGGCUCAGACCGAGAUCCAGACCAUGAUGGAGGAAAACACCUACCCUUUAUUCCUUAAAUCCGACAUAUAUUUAGAAAGCACGCAGGCGCAAGGUGAGAGUCCCAAAUUGUACGCCGAUCAAAGUCCAACUUCCGGCAGCGGAAAAAGCCUGGUGGGUUAUUUGCCGACGUUAAAUGAGCACGAGGAAUGGAGAUGCGACCAAGACCCUGAAGAGAUGCCUGAUUGUGACCCUACUCCCAGCAGCAGGCUCACGCAGAGACUGCUCAUGGAAACGCCUCAACAACGAACCGCCAACAGAUUCCAGGAUGAGUACAGACUUGCCACCUGUCGGGAGCCCGCCAACCGCUACUAUGCCAACGCCGGUCAUGCAUUGGCGCCCGCCACCAGCGCCAACGACAGUGAGCAGCAGAGUAUGUCCAGCGACGGGGACACACUUUCCCUCACAGACAGCAGUGUCGAUGGUGUCCCACCCUACAGAUACCAUAAGCCUCAUCGGCGGGAGAUGCAAGAGAGCGCUCGAGCAAACGGGCGUGUGCCUUUGCCUCUCAUCCCUCGCACAAACAGGAUUCCGAAGGACAUCCACGUUGUGCCGGAGCGCUUUGCCGCUGACCUGAUCCUCCGCUUGGAGGGCGUUCUGCGAGAGCGGGAGACAGAAGAGCGUCUGGAGAGUCUACGACUGGAAGAGGAAGUCGAUGAAAUGAGCACGUCUUUUGCCAACCAUCGGUUCCCCGACGCUGUUCAUCCGCAGAAUUCCAACUAUGCCGACUACUUCCUGAGGGACUCCCACGAGGAGAACCCGGAGAGCAUUCUGGAUGACCACGUCCAGCGCGUCAUGAAGACUCCCGGCUGCCAGUCGCCAGGAACGGGACGCCAUUCUCCCAAGUCUUGCUCGCCAAGUGGCUUCUUAGGGAGUAAAGGGACUACGGUGCCAUCUUUGAGUAAAUACGCAUCCAGGCAUUGUCUCAAGGGAGAGUCCGGCCACAUGCACCACUACAAAGCUGGGGUCGGGAAGUCCAAAGAGCAAAUGGAUUCGCCCUGGGGAGAAGACGUGGGUCAUGGACCUAAGUCUUGCAUGUUUGCAGAUGGAUUCACAAACAUGGAGCAUAUAAGUCACGGAAGCAAAGGCGGUCUGCAGUGUAGGCGAGCAUGCAAGCGUGGGGAGGAGGUGCCAGGUCCUGUAGAUGACAUGGAGAAGAACCAGAAGAUCUUCUUAUGGCUGAUGGAGGGGCAGAAGGAGAUGAUCCGACACAAAAGGAGUCCCUAUGGCAGCACCACAGGCUCCAAGAAGGUUCCCGGCUCAGCCUGGGACAACGUGCAGCCAUCGCAUCCUUUCAUCCAGGACCCCACCAUGCCCCCCAACCCGGCCCCGAGCCCCCUCAUCCAGCUGGAGGAGGUCCGCCGGCGACUGGAGGAGGAGAAAAUCAAGUCUGGAGUUUUGCAGCCCAAGCAGAGGUAUGUGAUGGAGGUCAUCCAGCGAGGUCGCACUGCGGUCAGGCCUGCACUUGUCCCUCCACUCAGCAUGGUGCCUGACGUUUCUGACUGCGCGCCCUCCGAGCCCGAACACAAAGCUCAUCAGAAGCAACCCUGCGACAACACCACGGUAGCGUAUUAUUUUUGCGGGGAGCCAAUACCGUACAGGACGUCUGUCAAAGGGCGACUGGUGACGCUCGGCCAGUUUAAAGAGCUGCUGACCAAGAAAGGGAACUACAAGUAUUACUUUAAAAAGAAGAGCGACGAGUUUGACUGCGGGGUGGUGUUCGAAGAGGUGCGUGAGGACGACGCCACCUUGCCGAUAUUUGAGGAGAAGAUUAUCGGGAAAGUGGAGAAGAUCGACUGAAGAGCGACGAGAGGAAGGCAACGUACGUAGGCCGGAAGGUGAACAGGAAGUGAGGAGCAGGUCGGCAAAAGUCACUUGUAGCUUUGUAACGUUUAUUAGCCGGAUGGAAAAAAAAAACAAAAGCGCUGCAUAUUUUGUACAGUUCUUUCUAAAGUCAACUUUUUAUACAUUAUAUGUAUGGAUACCAGAUGUGUACAGUUUGUGUAACAAAUAACUACAUUUUAUAUCUAUUUAACUAUUUAAAGUGCUAAUUUGCAAUCUUAGUGAAAAGCCCCUGAUGAAGACGAUCACUAUCCUUUUUUUUUUAUUGAAAGGGUUUAUAUUUAUUUGCCUCUUGCGUCGCUAAUGUUUUUGUUUUUUUAAGUAAUUUAUUCGGAGACAAUUUAGCAGCACUUUUCGAAGGUUUUAUUUUAUUUGGUUCUCUUUGGCACGGGCAGUUGUAAUAGCUUGUAUUGGCCUCGAUGGUGGCGCUGUUCCUAUAUAGGCCGUCUUGUCACAAGGCCGCGAUUGGGAUAGAAAAAUGAAUUGAACUGAAGUACGCUAAUCUUACUUUUAUCGGCUAUAAGGGGUGUAACGGUACACAAAAAUGUCGGUUCGGUACGUACCUCGGUUUAGAGGUCACGGUUCGGUUCAUUUUCGGUACAGUAAGAAAACAACAAAAUAUACAUUUUUUGGUUCUUUAUUUACCAAAUUUGUAAACACUGGCUUUAUCCUUUUAACAUUGGGAACACUAUAAUAAUUCUGCCCACGUUAAUCAACAUUAAACUGCCUCAAAUUGUUGCUCAGAUUAACUAAAAUGGCAAAACUUUUCUUCCACAUAUAAAAAGUGCAUCAUUAAACAGUUUCAAGUCAACUCAUCAUGCUUGAUUUAUCACAGUAUUUGGGAAUCCUGUAGUUCAUGGGUGUCAAACUCUGGCCCGCGGGCCAAAUUUGGCCCGCCGUGUAAUUUCAUUUGGCCCUUGAGGCAAUAUCAAAUUAACACUAACACCACAUUCACCGCUAAUACUCGUACUCGUCAACCCUCCGAAUUUUCCCGGGAGACUCCCGAAGUUCAGUGCCCCUCCCGAAUUUCUCCCAAUUUCCACCCGGACAAUAAUAUUGGGGGCGGGCCGUAAAAGCACUGCUUUUGGCGUUCUCUACAUGUCGCCACGUCCGCUUUUCUUCCAUAAAAACAGCGUGCCGGCCCACUCUCAUAAUAUAUGCGGCUCAUACACACACACAAAUGUAUGCAAGGCAUACUUGGUCAACAGUCAUACAGGUCACACUGAGGGUGGCCGUAUAAACAAGGUUAACACUGUUACAAAUAUGCGCUACACUGAGAACCCACACCAAACAAGAAUGACAAACACAUUUCGGGAGAACGUCCGCACCGUAACACAACAUAAACACAACCGGACAAAUAUCCAGAACCCCUAGCAUCACUAACUCUUCCGGGACGCUACAAUAUACACCCCCGCUACCACCAAACCCCGCCCCAACUCAAACUUGCCGCCGAAAAAAGGCAUUAAAUUUGUGUUUUUAUUUUAUUUGAUAUGCCAUUGAUAUGUUUUAAUUAUUAUUAUUUAAAACUCAUGUCACUAUAAAGUUAUAUAAGCCUUACUUGGUCAAUGUUUAAUGCAAAACUUGUUUGGGUCCCUAUUAAAGGAUUAAUUUGUUCAACCUCGGCCCACGGCUUUGUUCAGUUUUAAAUUUUGGCCCACUCUGUAUUUGAGUUUGACACCCCUGCUGUAGUUGAUUUUUAUUAUGUAAAUGUUUUAUUUUCCUCGACGUGAUAGCAGGGACCCUGCCAUUCAAAGCUUUUCUGUCCGCACACACACACACCGCAAAAUGAGCUAACGUUACGCUAAAAGCUAAUUAGCCUUCACCUCAGGCCAGAACUGCGAGCGAGCUAAGCUGCAGUUUAAGUUUCUAGAACAGGGGUAGGGGACCUAUGGCUCUAGAGCCAAAUGUGGCUCUUUUGAUGACUGCACCUGGCUCUCUGAUAAAUCUUAGCUGACAUUGCUUAACACGAUAAGUAAUUAAUAAUUCCGCUGGUAAUCAGUGUUAAAAAUAACGUUCAAAUUAUAAAACAUUCUCAUGCAUUUUCUACCGCACUUGUUCAAAAUGUCGCAUUAAUGGUAAGAAGUAUUAUAUUUAUCAUUGGUUAACUUUAACAUAACAAUGUUAUUAAAAAGAAUAAGACACUUAUUAUACUCUAAAAAAUGUUAGUCUUACUUAAAAAUGCACGCAUUUAGUUGUAUUCAGUGCUAAACAAUAUUUUAUAGCUCUCACGGAAAUACAUUUUGAAAUAUUUGGCUCUCUCAGCCAAAAAGGUUCCCGACCCCUGUUCUAGAAGGUCAACAUGCUCAUAGUGAUGUUAAUAGUUGUUGACUGGGAGGUGUUUAUCAUCAUUUGGGGAGAGUAUGCAGCCUUAUGCUCACCUGCUAAACACUUAUCUGCUCGACACUGAAGCAUUUACUACAUGCGCUCUGAAUUCGCACUACUGAUUGGCUGUUACCGCUAUAUAUGUAAACCAAUCAGAUGGUUGUGUGAGUGGGACAAUGCUGGGUGCUGAGAGGCAGAAGAAGCAUAGCAGCUUGUUAAGACUUUAGCUUAGAAACUUGUUCUGUACACCCCCGUACCGAAACGGUUCAACACAAAUACACGUACCGUUACACCCCUAUCGGCUAUUUAUUCCAUUGUUGUGUCACUUUGCCUAACACUGAGCAAGAAGUCCAACACGUCAUUGUAGAGUUGAAUAUCUAUGCAAUCUGCUGACUCUUGAUCUACUGUAAUAGGGCUUCCGGAUAUUUCUGUCGCGAAACCUACGACUCAUCUUUGUUAAAUUAUCCAAGCAUUUGAAUGGAAGCGCCUUCUAGCAGCAAUUCCUCGGUUCACUUUGGGUGCCUAAGUCCUCAGUCAGGUGCCUGGCGGAAUUGUAAAUACCCAGCAUGAAGGAUGGCGGCGCUUUGACGAUAGAUACCUAUAGGCGUGAAGCGUAAAGUUUAAAAAAGUUUAAGAAGCUAAUGAAUGUACAUGUUAAAUUUAACUUGAAUUUAUUUUGUAUGGUUUUUGAUGACACCCUUGGUGUAUCUUUGAUGCAACAGCAGGGACACAAUCCUUCAUUUUACAAGCCGGUAUUGGUUUGAAUCGGAAUCAGAUUUAUUGGCCAAGUUGUAUUUAGCCGCUGCUCGGAAGUUUACACUUACAAACCCCAAAACCCAGUGAAGUUGGCACGUUGUGUAAAUGGUAAAUAAAAACAGAAUACAAUGAUUUGCAAAGCCUUUUCAACCUAUUUAUAGACUGCAAAGACAAAGAUGCUUAACGUUCGAACUGGAAAAUAUUGUUAUUUUUUCGCAAAUUAGCUCAUUCGGAAUUUGAUGUCCGCGAUGUGUUUCAAAAAUGUGGCAAAAAAGAGUGAGAAAGUUGAGGAAUGCUCAUCAAACACUUAUUUGGAACAUCCCACAGGUGAACAGGCUCAAUGGUCACAAGUGGGUGCCAUGAUUGGGUACGAAAGCAGCUUCCAUGAAAUGCUAAGUCAUUCACAGACAAGGACUUUGUGACCGAAUACGUGAGCAAAUUGCCCGUCAGAUUAAGAACAACAUUUCUCAACGAGUUUUAGCAAGGAAUUUAGGGAUUUUACCGUCUAAAGUCUGUAACUUCAUCAAAAGGUUCAGAGAAUCUGGAGAAAUCACUACACGUAAGAUUGAAUGCUCUCAGGCGGUACCGCGUCAAAAAGCGACAUCAGUGUGUAAAGGAUAUCACCACAUGGACUCAGGAACACUUCAGAAAACCACUGCCAGUAACUACAGUUUGUCGCUUCAUCUGUAAGUGAAAGUUAAAACUCUACACUGCAAAAGGAAAAAAAAAAAACACUUAUCAACAACACCCAGAAACGCCGCCGGCUUCGUUGGGCCCCAGCUCAUCUAAGAUGGACUGAUGCAAAGUGGAAAAGUGUUCUGUGGUCUGACGAGUCCACAUUUCAAAUUUGUUUUUGGAAACUGUGGACGUCGUGUCCUCCGGAACGAAGAGGGAAAGAACCAUCUGGAUUGUUCUCGGCUCAAAGUUCAAAAGCCAGCAUCUGUGAUGGUAUGGGGGUGUAUUAGUGCCCAAGGCACGGGUAACUUACACAUCUGUGAAGGCACCAUUAACGCUGAAAGGUACAUACAGGUUUUGGAGCAACAUAUGUUGCCAUCCAAGCAACGUUAUCAUGGACGCCCCUGCUUAUUUCAGCAAGACAAUGGCAAGCUAUGUUAUAACACCGUGGCUUCAUAGUAAAAGUGUGCGGGUACUAGACCGGCCUGCCUGUAGUCCAGACCUGUCUCCCAUUGAAAAUGUGUAGUGCAUUAUGAAGCCUAAAAUACCACAACAGAGACCCCGGACUGUUGAACUACAUCAAGCAAGAAUGGGAAAGAAUUCCACCUGAAAAGCUUCAAAAAUGUGUCUGCUCAGUUCCCAAACGUUUACGUAGUGUUGUUAAAAGUAAGACAGUGGUAAAAAUGCCCCUGUGAGAACUUUUUUGCAAUGUGUUGCUGCCAUUAAAUUAUAAGUUAAUGAUUAUUUGCAAUCAGUUGGAACAUUAAAUAUCUUGUCUUUGCAGUCUGUUCAAUUGAAUUUAAGUUAAAAAGGAUCUGCAAAUCAUCGUAUUCUGUUUUUAUUUACAAAAUACACGUGCCAAAUUCACCGCUUUUGUGUAUUUUUGACAUAUUGUCACGCUAGUACAAAAAAAAAACCUUCAUUGAAAGUAUUCAUUGUACCUGAAAGCAUUUCCAGUCGUUGUCAUGGUAACAGCAGAAGAAUUCACAAAAGAUGUUUUUUAAGACAUGAACAUUUUUUUAUUUUUUUUUACCGCACUCUUUAUUGAUGGAUGUGCAUAAGCGUCACAAGAGGUGGAUCUUGAAAUCUCACGUGGGCUUACGGAAUGUUUUCAGUGCUAUCCAUGGAUUUAGAUAAGAUGUAUUAUACAUCUAAGUACACAAUGUCUGCUCAUUUCACGUUUGGGUUUAAAAAAAAUAGGUUGCCAGAUGUUCUAUUUUGAUAGUGCCAAAAGUCAUGAAGUUAUGUAAAGUGACCAUCAGAGUGCCUUUUAAUAUUAUUAUAAUUAUUAUUUGCGUUAUUAAUAUCAUUCAGAUUGUGUUUGUAUGUAAAUAUGUACAACAUGAACAUGUCACAACCGGCAACCCAGUCAGCAACAACAACAACAAAGUGGAAAAAGGUACCCGGACAAUAAAUACAUGCAAUAAACCAA